GGCUCCGGCGCAGCAUCCAGCUCGUCUCCGGACGAGCCGUGGACGAUCCAUUGACGGUCAACAUGAUCCAGCCUGCUGGCAUGAUUGCUGCGGUGGGACAUGGUGGUGUCGAGCUGACCCUGCGGGACUCCGGGUCGGGGGUCGUGGCAUGCCCUGCUGAUUAUGCACCUGAUGUUCCCAUGCUGCCUCCUCGUAGGGAUCUUCGUCCCAUGGUGAGUGCCAAGAGCGAGCCCAUCAAGAACUACGGCACCAAGAACAUCACCUACGUGUUGGACAACGGGGAUGAGCUGGCUAUCACGUGGAACGUGACGAACGUGAACUGCCUGAUCCUCUCGGCCUCCGCGCUGCGGCGCGGAGGGGCGACUGUCGUGAUCGCCCCGGAGCGUGAGAUGUUCCACACUGCCAGUGGAGGCUGCGUCGACCUCGUCAUGCAGUCGGACGCGCCGUGGUUGAGGCUUCGGCGGCAGGCCCGAGGGAUCCGUGCAGCGCGCGUCCCAACGGCCAUCGAGGUAGGAGAGCCCGCGUCUGCGGCCGAGCCCGCGACUGCGGAGGAGGUGCAGCCCGCGCCUGCGGUAGGCCCCGCGGCGGCGGACGCGGCACCUGUAGAGGCCCGGGCGGCCCCUAGGGAGGCGUUACGACGCAUUCCAGCCCCCUUGGAUGCCUCUGAGGAGGCGAGGCCUCGCCGAUCCGUGAAGGUCCCCAUCGGCCCCUCGGAUCACGAGAAGGAGGAGCACUACUUGACCCACAUCCCGUUUAGAUCAUGGUGCAGCUACUGCACACGGGCUGCGGCCCCUGACGAUCAUCACCAUCGGACGCGCAUGCCCGUCGCGAUGCCUUUGAAGCCGAUUGUGAUGAUGGACUACACGUUCGUGACCGACCCCCCGUUCGACAUGAUGACGAUCCUGGCCGUAUACGACCAGGAGCUCGGGAUGGUGUUGGCGCUGGUGGUGGACGAGAAGGGCCCCAUCGAGUACGCGAUCCGCAGCGUCAUUGAGUACCUCGGGUACUGGGGUAGGAAGGCCAUCAUUUUGAGGGUCGACGGCGAGCCCGCCAUCGAGGCCCUGGCGGAGGCGAUCCGCAUCGGGCGUGCGGAUCCCACAGUCUUGGAGAUGAAGCCCCGGUACUCGCCUGAGUCCAUGGGCGGCGUCGAGAACAUGAACAAGGCGGUGAAGAACCUGCUGAGGCCCUUCGUCCUGUACCUGAGGGACGUGGCGAAGGUCGAGCUGCACACUGGUCACCCGCUGGUGCCCUGGCUUGUGCGGCACUGCGGCUGGUGCAUAUGCAUGUACCGUGUGCGCGCGGACGGCCAGACGGGCUACGAGAGGUUGAAGGGCCGGCCAUGCAACGGCAAGAUUGCCCUCUUCGGGGAGUGCCUGCGGUACCGGACCCCCGAUGCCUCCCGUCUUUCGUCCGUGGACGAGCGCUGGACCACGUGCAUCUGGUUGGGCAAGAGCUGGAAGACCGACGAGCACAUCAUCGUGUUGGGCAACGAAGUGCGCCUAGCCAGAUCUGUCCGCCGCAAGGCUAUAGGCAAGAGGUGGAACAAGAAGAUGCUGGAUAAGGUGCUCUGCACUCCGUGGCUUCCGCGCCUGGGCGCCCAGACCCCGGCCGUCCGGCCGAAGCGCUACAUCACGAAGGCUUACCUCGACAAGUACGGCCUCGCCCCCGAGUGCCCCGGCUGCGCGGGGCGCACCACGGGACACAGCGACGCCUGCAAGGCGCCGCAGCCGGCGGCAUCCGGCCCUCAACUCGAAGCCCCCCCGGGGCUCCCCGCACCUGCCGGAGCCGCUCCAGACGCCGACGUGGCAGCUCCGGCGGGGGAUGCGGCCCCUGCCGCUCCACCAGGGCUGGCCCCGGCAGCCCGCGACCCCGCCGUGGACGCAGAGAUGGAGGCUGCGAGCAUCGCGGCGAAGCGCGAGCGGGAGGACCUGAGCUUCCAGGAGAAGGUCGAGCUCUUCGAGAGUGGUGGCGCUGAUGCCAGCGGGCCCGCGUCUUCGAGGAGGCGCGUAAUCGGCGCUCUGCAUGUGUGCGGCCAGCCGUCCCUUGCGGAGGCCAGGAGCAUCGUAGCGCCGGUGGCCUACGUGGCGACGCCAGACAUCGGCACGCAGGACGUCAAGGACCACAAGACCGGCGAGGUGCUCGACCCCGAGCUCGCGCGCGCGGGCCGCGCGCGGGAGCGCCAGAACAUGCUGGACAGGUGCCUCUACGAGCGCGUGCCAAUGAAGGACGCUAGGGGUAAGAAGGUGCGCAGCAUGUGGCUCGACGAGAAGCGCGUGCAGGACGGUGAGACCACCGUCCGGUCGAGGUGCGUGGCCAUGGAGUUCAACGCGCGCGACCGGCUGGACACGUACACGGCGACGCCCCCACUGAAGUUCAUCAAGUUGAUCGUCUCACGAGCUGCCUCAAUAAGACGUCCUGGCUCCAACGAGUGGACCAGGGUGCUGGGGCUCUACGACAUCGCCACAGCAUUCUGGCACGCCAACUUGCCGCUGGACGAGCCGAUCACGGUGAUCCCGCCUAGGGGCGAGGAGGUCCCAGGGAUGGUGUGGCAGAUGCUGAAGGCGAUGUAUGGCGCGCGCCGUGCGUCUCAGCUGUUCCUCGAGUUUAUGGUGAAGGUCUUCGACCAGUGCGGCUACCAGGUUUUGAAAACCAGCCGCCAGAUCUUCUACUCGAGGCAGUGCGACUCUUUGGCCGGUUUGUGGGGCGACGACAUCAUAGCUGAGGCGGAGAGCGAGGGCAUCGACCACCUUGACGCCAUGAUCAGCCGGCUGUGCAACAUCAAGGUCCUCCCUCGCGUUGGACCUGGUUGCAGCUUGAUGGGCCGUUACCUCAAGCGCUACAUCUGCUACGUGCCGGGAUUCGGCUACGAGUGGAACGAGGACCCGAAACACGUUACGAUGCUCUUGGGGAGCACGGGCAAGCUCAAAGCUAAGCCCCAAGGGAGCCCAUGCAGCAGGCACAUCGGCAGGGACGAUCCGGCGAUCCUCGACGAGCUCGACGGCGAGUCGCAGACCAAGUAUCGCAGCGACACCGGUCGCGUGCUGUACGUGUCGUCCGGGCGCUUCGACAUCCAGUACUCGGCCAAGGAACUGGGCGAGCAGAUGUCCACGCCUCGCCGGCUAGGCAAUGCAAGGCUGGACCGCUGCGCGCGGUACCUCACAGGCUGCCCGUUCUUGGCGCUCGUCUUCAAGCACGAGCCGGAGGCAGGUGGCUCUUGGAUCCCGGUCGACAGCAACUGGGCCGAGGCCGAGCUUUACGGCAUCGUCGACGGUGCGGCCAGGGGUAUCAUGACCCAGAGCCUCUUCAAGGAGAUCGCGGAUCUGCGCGGUGCCGGAGCGGCAUGGUCCGUGACCGUCGGCAGCGACGCCAGCGCCGCCAUCGGCAUCAGCUCGAGGAGCGGCGUGGGGAAGACCCGCCAUAUCGCGACGCGAUGGCUCUGGGUCCAGGACGCCGUCCGGGAGAAGCAGAUCAUCCUCAAGAAGGUCCCCGGCGAGACCAACAUCGCCAACCUGGGAACGAAGGCAUUGGAACCGAAGAGGCACCAGGAGCUCAUGAAACUGCUCCCCCUGGCAAAGCCUACGUGCCGCUGGUUCCUGGCGGUGUUGGUGGCCCUGGGAGCGGCCCCUGCAACGCAGGCCGCCCAGGAGGCGCAGGAGGAGCUGACGUGCGCGGUGAAGCCGCAGUGCGAGGACUCCAAGCUCAUCAACCAUAUGCUCGUCGCUCUUCUGACCUGGGGGCUGGUGCGCCUCUGGGACUGG